CUGCUUCAACCACACGUUGAAGCUACCGAAGGUGUCUCAACUUGAAACGUUGGUAGCCGUUGGCUAUCGUUCAAGGGCAAUUUGUCCUCUCGCAAGACUAACAGAACGACAAGCGAAAACAGUUCGACAUCACGGAUUCACAUAUGUCAAGUCUAUUGAUACAUGCCGCCCAAAGCGCGGCGCAGGCCGACGGUCUCUCUGUGCCUGGGCAUCGCUUGGAGGCGGCGCACUCCAUGGCGGCGCCACCGCAGCAGCCUCACCCUGCUCUGGAUGUAAUUCCCAACAAUAAGAAAAAAGGCCCGCCCCUUCGUCGAGGGAAAUGGACUCCAGAGGAGGAAGCGUACGCGAAUCGCUUGAUUCUAGAAUUCAAAUCUGGCCUUUUGCCCCUGACGGAUGGGACUACAUUGCGUACCUUCUUGUCCAAAUUGCUCAACUGCGAUCCCAUGCGUAUUUCCAAAAAGUUCGUGGGAAGCAACUGCAUCGGCAAGCAAGUCUUCCGAAGACGCACGGCAGAUCUCAACAGGCUAACACCGGAGCAGAUUCAGCAAAGUCGCGCCGAACUGAGCGAACUCGAACGCCGAUUUUUGGAGCGUGUUGCGCAAACCAAUCGGGUCAAGUCGUCCGGUGUUGGCGGGGCGGCUUCCGCGGCUCCCGAAGCUAUCAUCAUGGGGAGACCCAAAAUAGAACACGAGACAAUGGAGCCUCCCAGUCCUCCGUGGUUGCAGCCUCCGUUUGGGUACAAACAAGGCGCGGGAGCGGCAUUCGCGGCUGCUAAUCUCUCCGGAUCCAACAGUCGCGCCGCCGCCGCUGGACGCGCCAUGCUCGCUGGUACAAGUGGUCUCAACGGAGAUCGCCGGGCGAGUGGGAUGAGUUCACAGGAACUUUUGGCCAUGGCCGAAUUUCAACGUCAAGCAUCCCAAUCGACCAUGAUGCAGAAUCCCUUUCAUCAAGGGUCGGCAACCAACUUGCUCGCUGCUACGCGGUCGGGCAGUAGCAACGGCCUUUCUAGCGCAGCGUUCUCGCAAUUAGCGCAAAGCGUGUCGGCUGCCCGACUUUCUGGACUGCAAAGCAACAAUGCAUCCAUGAACAAUUUAAUGCUAAAGACGGGACUCUCUCGAGAACAGUUGACUCAACUAGCAAGAGACCGUGGUCUCUCGUCAGAUUCCCUCUCGAACAUGAUCCAGCGACAGAACUCGUUCGAUGCUCUUAUGUCGUUGGAUUUUCAAAGUCUUCAAUCCAUCGAUAAUCUUGCCAACUUAAUUCAAACAGGGACCGCAGGAAGUCAUUCCAAUAUACCGGAAUCGGGUAUGAAGAACGCGGACUUUGGCUAUUCUUCACGACAGAACAUAACGGGAGCUUCUUCUGGAGACUUAUCGAACGCCGCUCGUCGCUUAGCGAGCGCGGGACGAAUGGAAAGUCUUCUGCAAUCAAUGUCCAACAAUAAUUUUCACAACAAUGGGAUCGGUGGAAACAAUGAUACGCCCGAUUCUAACGUGAAUCUUAACAACUUGCUUCAAUCUAUGCAUGGUGGUAGCAUGCUCGGUAUGGGCGACCGCAGCAGCGCAGCAUCUCUCCUUGGUUCCGGGAACGGACCCAGUGCGGUGAGUCUAGCAAAUUUGCUCCGCCAAGAUUCUUCCACUGGUUUGACGGCUUUGCGUAUGCAGGACGGUUUAAAUCAACGCAAUUCGAGCGUUGAUGACUUUUUGAGCUUGGUUGCGGCCGGAGAUAUCCCGCACCAAGAUCCAUCAUUGCUGAAUGUUCCAUUGAUGCAUCAGCAAGGGCCGCCAGGAUCAAGCGAAGCUGCUGCCAAGUUAAUGGCCCAGCAGCAAAUGCUACAAGCUUCGGGGAAUUCUGCACUGGCGAAUGCGCUGGCAUCUCGUUCUUUUGGUAAUUUGCAAAACUCCCAUCAUAGCGGAGGCAUGCAUUCGACAACGAGCGCGGCUGCUUUGGCGAUGGCUCAAGCACGUGCGGCUGCGAAUGGAUCGAAGCGAAAUCUUGACUAUCUUAGUGGGGGUUACAUCGGUCAAGGUGACUCCAAGCGGUAAACGCGUCUAAUGAGAACUGGGUGGGAGCUAGAGAACUAUUUGUUGAAAAGGAUAUUAUAAUUGUAACGGUAUUGUAUCGCGAUUUACUAGUGCAACUGACUGUGAAUUUACCCAUCUUUCAACGACCGCCCCACGUAUGUUGUGUAACUCAAAAAAGGCAUCCUCACCAUGCUCUCAAAGCCAACAUCAUCGACCGGAAAUGCGUUCGCCUCACGAGUUUUCCUACGGCUAGAUACCUGGGCAUGAUGAUCGCUGUUGUAGUCUUUUAUCAAACCCAAUUCUUGAUAUGCAUCCC